AUGAACUUCUCAUCUGUCAGAUACGAUUCCAACGCCAUCUUCGUUGGGCCCCACAAUCUCGCCCGAUCUCAAUCCCAUGCUCACGUUUUCCCCCACAACCAGCCGCAGUUGCGGAGGAAUUUUAUUGAUUUCAAGAGAUUCGAUGUUGUUUGCGCGUUAGCGAAAACUACUUCUCGGGUAAACCAGUCCGACUCGGAACUGAAUCGAAUCGAGUCACUGAGUCAGGUCUCUGGCGUGCUGGGUUGCCAGUGGGGUGAUGAAGGCAAAGGAAAGCUCGUAGACAUACUCGCAAAGCACUUCGACAUUGUCGCUCGGUGUCAGGGUGGAUCUAAUGCUGGGCACACUAUCUAUAACUCAGAAGGCAAAAAGUUUGCGCUUCACCUUGUUCCUUCUGGUAUUCUCAACGACGAAACUGUCUGUGUAAUUGGUAAUGGGGUCGUGGUGCAUCUGCCUGGAUUCUUCAAAGAAAUCGAUGGCCUGGAAUCUAAUGGUGUCUCUUGCAAAGGAAGGAUAUUGGUAUCUGAUCGCGCUCACUUGUUAUUUGAUUUUCAUCAAGAAGUUGAUGGGCUUAGAGAAGCUGAGCUUUCUAAAUCCUUCAUUGGAACUACUAGAAGAGGCAUUGGACCGUGCUAUUCAAGCAAGGUUAUCCGGAAUGGCAUAAGAGUAAGUGACUUGAGGCAUAUGGAUACUUUUCCCCAGAAGCUUGAUCUUUUAUUGUCAGAUGCAGCUUCAAGAUUCCAAGGUUUUAACUAUGGCCCUGACAUGCUCAGGCAAGAAGUUGAACGAUACACGAGAUUUGCUGAGAGGUUGGAACCCUAUAUUACUGAUACCGUGCAUUUUAUGAAUGAUGCUCUCUCUCGCAAAAAGAAGAUACUAGUUGAAGGUGGUCAGGCAACUAUGUUAGAUGUCGACUUUGGAACUUAUCCCUUUGUAACUUCCUCUAGUCCAUCAGCUGGAGGAAUAUGCACAGGUCUUGGCAUCGCUCCUAGAGUUGUUGGUGAUCUUGUAGGUGUGGUCAAAGCGUAUACUACAAGAGUUGGUUCUGGUCCGUUCCCAACGGAAAUUUUGGGUAAAGGUGGUGACCUACUUAGGUUUGCUGGACAGGAGUUUGGCACAACAACUGGUCGUCCACGUCGUUGUGGCUGGCUUGAUAUAGUUGCACUGAAGUACUGCUGUCAAAUAAAUGGCUUCUCCUCAUUGAACCUUACCAAGCUCGAUGUCUUGUCAGAGCUACCAGAAAUUCAGUUGGGCGUUUCAUACAAACAAAUUGAUGGUAUAUCAAUCCAAUCAUUCCCUGCAGAUCUUCGUGCUUUGGAGCAAAUCAAGGUGGAAUAUGAAGUUUUGCCUGGGUGGCAGUGCGAUAUUUCCUCCAUCAGAAAGUAUGAUAAACUGCCAAAGGCUGCACGUCAGUAUGUCGAAAGGAUAGAAGAACUCGUUGGUGUACCCAUUCACUACAUUGGAAUUGGGCCAGGACGUGAUGCCCUCAUAUACAAAUGA